GAGAAUUACUUUAGAAAUAAUAAUAAGAAGUAGAAGAAUUUUAAUUAUAAAUAGAAUAAAAUAAAACAGCUCUUUAAAAUCAAGAAGAUGAAAUAGAUUAAAAAAUUUAAUAAGUUGAAUAAUAAGAUGAAUAAUAAUAAUUUACUUAAGAUUAGUUAGAAUAAAAUGUUGAAUCAUUAAAGAAUUCAAUUUAGAGAAGUAGAGAAUAAAUUGAAAAAUUAACAGAAUAAAGAGAUGCACUUCUUGUAAAAAGUAGAGAAUUGGCUCAAAAAUAAUAAGAAUUAAAAAUAUAAUAAUAAUAAAUCUUAAAAUAAUUAAAAUAAAAUGAAGAUGAAGAAGAAGAAGAUAAUAAACCUGUAUUAUUUUUAUUAUUAUUAUUUUAGAUUUCAUGUUAAGAUAUUUUUGGCAUCAUGACUUUAAAUACUUUAAACCUUAAUUAAUUAUAGAACUAUAAUGAUUAAAAAAAUAGUUUGGUUUUUAAGUUAAGUAAAAAUUAUACAGUAGAAAUAAAAAGUGAUGAUACUGAUCACAUUAGACAUUUAAAUGGAACUUCUAUUUUG